AUUGUGUAAUAGAGUUAAGUGUUACUGUUAUAUUAGGUCAAAAUCCACUUUUGUUUUUAAAAUAAUGAAAUCAUUUGCACAAUGUUCCAUUGUUUAGGUUCACUCGACGUUACAUAAAGAUGCCUAAUUUAGUCCAAAGUUCAGAUUUCAUAUCAAAUGCCAAAUACACAUGAGCAUUAUUUUGGUUGUUUCCUCAUAGCCGUUUUUGACAUUCGUCGUGCCCACUCGAUUUUGUGUAUUUUGGGAUCGAAGUGGAAAUCACAUUAUAACAACGGUUGAUGAAUGCGGCGAGAUGACAACUAGCUAUGAGAAUUCAACCGAGUACUUCGAUGAAACGUCGACGUCAACAUUUCUUACGAUCAUACCGAUGAAACCUUCCAUUCCCGUGGACCUCGGCGUCGGUGUUGGCACACUUGAAGACCUACAACUUCACAUUGCUGUUGGAAUUGAAGUAGUUUUAGAAAUGUUCAUUGUCAUUGGGAACUUGCUCGUCGUUGCAUCAAUUAUCGGUUAUAAUCCCAUGCGUCGAACCAAAACGAGUCGUUACAUUCUCAGCCUUGCUAUCAGCGACCUCCUUGUUGGACUAAUCAUACCAAUUGGGCUUGUUUCGAAGUAUUUUCCUGAUUUCUUUUUAACAUCGGUUCAAAUAUGUGUAACGCCAUUUUGUCUUAUGAUAACUCUAUGCUGUGCAUCUGUAUUUAAUUUAAUUGCCGUGUCUUUUGAUCGCUACGUUGCCAUCACAGAACCACUGAAGUACCCUUUAUUGAUGACGUCAUUUAAAAGCAACAUCAUUAUUGCCUUAGCUUGGUUUGGUGCCAUCGUCGUCGGAACUGCUUCGUUGUAUUGGCACAAGGAACCAAAUUAUUGGUAUACUGGUGAACUUUUUUCGUGCACCUGGGAUACGAUUAUUACAGAUAUGUACAUCAUCACGUUUGCGGUCGUUGGACUCUUACUACCAACAGUAAUAAUUUUGAUAUUUUACAGCAAAAUAUUCAAGAUAGCUGUCAGCCAUUCCCGCUUGCAUGACCAGCGGCAGCAGAUGUUUAACGAUGUUAUUGCCAAACACAGGCCGAGUACUAGUUACGUCAGACCAAAUAGGAAAACUUCGGUUGUUGACGAAAACAGCAACUCCCGUGUUGGCAACACAAUGAACGGGUCGAUUGAACCGGACCAUCACACAGAGUGUAUUAUUGAAAGGAAAUCAAGUGAGCCGAGCAACCAAAUAUAUUGUAACGAAUCAUACACAAAAAUCCAAAUCCAACACGAAAGCAACGAGAUGUCACAAGUCAAAAAUGAUUCUAGUAAAGAGAACACUUGUUACAAAAGUGUUAUCGAAGUUAACAAACCCAACACACCGCAGGCUGUAGAGUCUCAGUUGGAAAAUAAGUCAGAACGAUAUAUGGCACCGAGGAAAAGUCUUUCAGGUCUUAAAUUACCUAAACUUUUACGAAGACACAGUUCAAGUAUGAGUCGUGAGAAAAGAACAUCGGUCACUAUCUUAUUCGUUGUAUUAGCGUUCAUCAUCUGUUGGCUACCGUUUAUGGUCAUCAUGAUUCUUGAAUGUCUUUGUCCAAGUAACUGUGGCAUAACACCAUCUCUACGUGUUUGGUUUGGAAUGUUGGGCUAUGCCAACAGUGGGGUAAAUCCUAUUAUCUAUUCUCUAAGGACUGAGGAAUAUCGAAAAGCACUGAAACAUAUGUUCAGACGUAUUGGCUUAUGUAAAGAAAAAGAGAAGAUGCCGCCAUCGCAAAUAUCGAAUAGAAACAUAAAUAAGAUCUCUUCUAUCAAAGAGGAAAAUCCUCGUGCCGUUUCAAGCUUGAAGGAGUCUACAGAAAAUUAUUCGUCCACCAAAACCAGUAUUAAUAGUUUUGAUAAAUAUGACAAUGGGAGUCAUUUAUCGUUUAAUGAUGUGGAAGUCAUUGUAGAUGAUCCUGCCAUAUGUACAUUUACUAUAGAGAGUAUUCCGGAGGUCAAAAUGUAAUAUGCAAUAAUCUUGAGAUAGAUGAAAUAUGUUUUAAAGACAGAAUUGCGCUGGGAUGCGAUUGUAAGGAGCUGUACAGAACUAUUAUUAUUAUCAUCAUUAUUUUUUGUUAUUUUUGUUAUUAUCAUUAUUUUAUUAUUAUUAUUGUUGUUGUUGUUUUUGUUAUUAUUAUUAUUUAUAUUAUUAUUUUUAUA